AUGCGGCGCACCGAGGAGCUCGACAUCGGCUUGGCCAUCACACACACCGAAACGCGCACGGUCGAGGAUGUGCACACGCCGACGUUGAUAUCACCGCCGGAAUCCAAGACGCCGCCGACUGUCUCAAACAAACGCCAGCACAGCGAGCCGCGAGUGACGAACCGAGGCUCAGAGCCGAUAGAUGCGACAGCGUUGAGCAAGGCGUUGGAGCAAUUCGAGCAGGCUGGAAGGCAGAGAGAGCACACCCCAGCCGCAAGUCCAAGCAGAAAACGGCAGCGCGUGUAUGGGGACAGAUUCAUUCCAAACCGAUCGGGCCAGGACUUGCAAGCUAGCUUUAGCUUGCUACACGACGACGGAUCGCCCGCGACGCCCUCGAGAAGAAAGCGGAUACCCGACAACGAGCUUCACUUCCAGCGAACUGAAGAAGCGAACCGAACAUACUCCACUCUCCUCCGCUCAGAGAUGUUCGAAUCCUCAGUACCACAGUCGAUACCACAAAACCUCUCACCAACAAACUACGGCACAACCUUCCACGACCCGACGCGCUCACACACACCACCAACCCGAAUAUCCGGCCUACCCGCGCCAGUCCUCACACCCUCCACACCUCACAAGAACCUCUUCUCCUACAUGUCACCACGCCAUCACUCACUGUCCGGCAACCCAACCCCCAACCGCACGCCCCGAAGCCGGCAAGGCCCCAACCUCGACACCCGCUCCGAGAUCUACAGCCUGAGCCCCGUAAAACACAGCUCGCAAACCAUGCUCCUCUCCCCCCGCAAGACCCCCCGCGCCGUCUCCAAAGUGCCCUACAAAGUCCUCGACGCGCCCGACCUCGCCGACGACUUCUACCUCAACCUGGUCGACUGGGGCAGCCAAAACAUCCUCGGCGUCGGUCUGGGCCAAUGCGUCUACAUGUGGAACUCGUCCUCCGGGCGUGUGACCAAACUCUGCGAACUCCCCGACGACACCGUCACCUCCGUGAACUGGAUCCAGCGCGGGUCGCACAUCGCAAUCGGCACGCACAAAGGCUUCGUGCAGAUCUGGGACGCGACGACGCAGCGCCGUCUGCGCACCAUGACGGGCCACACGGCGCGCGUCGGCGCCCUGGCCUGGAACGAACACAUCCUGACCUCGGGCUCGCGCGACCGGCUCAUCUACCACCGCGACGUGCGGCAGCCGGACCAGUGGCUCCGCAAGCUCGUCGGCCACAAGCAGGAGGUCUGCGGCCUGAAGUGGAACUCCGAGGACGGCCAGCUGGCCUCGGGCGGCAACGACAACAAGCUCAUGGUCUGGGAGAAGCUGAAUGCGGAACCGACGUUCAAGUGGGCCGAGCACAGCGCGGCGGUCAAGGCGAUUGCGUGGAGUCCGCACCAGAGGGGCCUCUUGGCGAGUGGAGGCGGCACGGCGGAUCGGACCAUCAAGUUCUGGAACACGCUGCUCAGCCCGCACAGUCAUAGCAGCAUCGCGAGUACGGCUGCGGCGGCUUCGGCUGCGGCGAGCGGUCCUGGUGGCGUGGGCGCGGAUAGGGCGACGCCGCCACCUGCCAACCUUCUCAGCUCGCUUGAUACAGGGAGCCAGGUGUGCAAUCUGGCGUGGUCGCGCAAUAGCAAUGAGCUGGUCAGCACGCACGGGUACAGCCAGAACCAGAUCAUCGUGUGGAAGUAUCCGAGCAUGCAGCAGGUGGUCAGUCUGACGGGACACACGUACAGAGUCCUGUAUCUUGCGAUGAGUCCGGAUGGGCAGGUCAUCGUGACGGGCGCCGGGGACGAGACGUUGAGGUUUUGGAACGCGUUCAGGAAGAAGGAGAGGGGUGGGGGGUUGGGAGGUGUGGAGUCGUGGGGGGUUAUUCGGUGA